CACUAAACAUUUAAGUUGGUAUUCUGUGCAACAACAUCUCUGCCAUCUUUCAACGUUUCCGGCGGCAGCCUUUUCCGCAUAUGAAAGAAACAUGACUGGAUUUAGCGAUAAGGCUAUCCUAAUUGACGGCAGAGGCCAUUUACUUGGUCGUCUCGCGGCUAUUGUUGCAAAAACCCUUUUGCAAGGAAACAAAGUCACAGUCGUAAGAUGUGAACAAUUAAACAUUUCUGGAAACUUUUACAGGAACAAACUGAAGUACUUGUCUUUCCUCCGCAAACGUUGCAAUGUUAACCCAGCUCGUGGACCAUUCCACUUCAGGGCUCCCUCAAGGAUCUUCUGGAAAACCGUCAGAGGAAUGUUGCCCCACAAAACUGAAAGAGGAAAGCAAGCUCUCCGUAACCUGAAGGCUUAUGAAGGUAUCCCACCACCAUAUGACCGUAGGAAGCGCGUUGUUGUGCCAGGAGCACUCAGAGUGAUCUGUCUGAAACCAGGCCGCAAAUUCUGUCAUGUUGGACGUCUGUCGCACGAGGUAGGAUGGAAAUACCAGAGUGUUGUCCGCACUUUGGAGAGCAAACGUAAGGUUAAGGCUGUCCUGUCCAUCCGCAAACGUGACAAGCUCAAGAAGAUCACCAAGAGCGCGGGUGAAAAGGUGGCUAAACAAGUGGCUCCAUUCACCGCUAUCAUUAACUCUUACGGUUAUAAUUAAGAACGUUUUAAUAUAAAGAUAUAUUUGGA